AGGCCAAGAGAGCAACGUAUUGAAGACGCAAUUUGUGAAUAUUUUAAUCGUGCAUUCACUUCCCCCAUUCGGAAGAGAGGGCCGCCACGCCGAACGCCAAAGAGUGUGAGUGCAAAGAGUUAAUUGAAUUAACUCCAAAGAGAGGCCAUCUACCACUGUGAGCACUGCUACUGAUAAGCAGCGGGACAAAAGAAAGAGGUGCCAUUGCCAUUUCAGCGGAAUGUUUGCCAACGGCGAGGGCGGUGGCAUGAGGUCGGGGGGCAGCAGCAGCAGCAAUGGUGGCGCCGCCGGCGCUAGCGGCAGCAUCGAACUCCUCUGCCCGCCCAGUGGUAGCAGCAGCAUCAGUGGCAGUGCCAGCUUCAGCAGCAGCAGUGGAGCCAGCAGCAGCAACACCCACAGCACAGCUGUCAGUAGUGAGUCCAACAACAAUAGCAGCAGCAGCAACAACUCUACUGGCGGCAGCAACAACAACAAUCACAAUCCGAGCUUACAAAUCAGGCAUCAUCACAGCAACAACCUCAAUGCAACAGCCGCAGCAGCAACCAGCAACAAUAAUCAUAACGGUAGCGGCAACCUAAUCAGCGGCAUUUGCAGCAGCAUUUGGCGAUCGGCCACCUUUGGUAGUGCUGCUCCGGUGGUGCCACCCACGCCACUACCAGAUCCUAGUCCAAAGACCAUGGAAAGCAGCAGCGACAGCUCCUCGCUUAGUUCCUCGCUGUCGCCCGAAGAGCAACAUAAUCAAAGGACAGUGGCCACCGGCACAGAAGUGCCACUGCAGGAUCAGUCCCAAACAUUCCUAGGCGCCACCGAACUGGACGAUGAGUUAAUCAAGCAACUGCCAAAGGAGGUUCUGCUGCGUGUCUUCUCCUAUCUGGAUGUGGUCUCGCUAUGCCGCUGCGCACAGGUAUGCAAAUAUUGGAACGUGCUGGCCCUCGACGGUUCCAGCUGGCAGAAAAUCAAUCUAUUCGACUUUCAACGUGAUAUCGAGGGUCCAGUGAUUGAGAAUAUAUCGCUGCGAUGUCGCGGCUUUCUCAAAUCACUGUCGCUGCGUGGUUGUCAAUCGGUGGGAGAUCAGUCCGUGAGAACUCUAGCGAAUCACUGCCACAAUAUCGAACACUUGGAUCUGUCAGAAUGCAAGAAGAUAACCGAUAUAUCAACCCAGUCCAUCAGCAGGUAUUGCUCCAAAUUAACGGCCAUUAAUUUGGACUCGUGCUCCAAUAUAACCGACAACAGUCUAAAGUAUCUGUCCGAUGGCUGCCCAAACCUCAUGGAGAUCAAUGUGUCGUGGUGUCAUCUCAUCUCCGAGAAUGGCGUAGAGGCGCUGGCUCGCGGCUGCGUCAAGCUGCGAAAGUUCAGCAGCAAAGGUUGUAAACAAAUAAACGACAAUGCCAUAAUGUGCCUGGCCAAAUACUGUCCCGAUCUAAUGGUGCUAAAUCUCCACAGCUGUGAGACCAUAACCGAUUCAUCGAUCCGCCAACUAGCGGCCAAUUGUUCCAAGCUACAAAAGCUAUGCGUGUCCAAGUGCGCGGAUCUCACCGAUCUCUCGCUAAUGGCCCUCUCGCAGCACAAUCACCUGCUGAACACCCUUGAGGUAUCCGGCUGCCGCAACUUUACCGACAUCGGUUUCCAGGCGCUGGGCCGCAACUGCAAGUAUCUGGAACGCAUGGAUCUGGAGGAGUGCAGCCAAAUAACAGACCUCACACUGGCUCAUCUUGCCACCGGUUGUCCCAGUCUAGAGAAAUUGACCCUUUCGCAUUGUGAACUAAUCACGGAUGAUGGGAUACGACACCUCACCACUGGCAGUUGCGCCCCGGAGAUUCUAUCUGUGCUGGAACUGGACAACUGCCCUCUGAUCACAGACCGAACGCUGGAGCAUCUGGUGUCUUGCCACAACUUGCAGCGCAUUGAAUUAUUCGACUGUCAGCUUAUAAGCCGAGCCGCCAUAAUUAAGCUGAAGACCCAUCUACCAAAUAUCAAGGUGCAUGCCUAUUUCGCGCCAGGAACCCCGCCGGCGGUAACCAGUGGACACCGACCACGGUACUGCCGCUGCUGUGAGAUUCUCUGAGAUUCGGCCAUCGGCUUUGCCAGGAAGAUAAUGCGCAAAACCGCCACGGACUGAUGCUGGCCGGUGUGCAUCGUCAUGUUCGCCACGGUGUUCAGUUUGACCCUCAUCUCGAUGAUCUGCAUGUACUUGCUGGGGCUGCUUGACGCGGCGAUGAGCACAUAGCCAUCAGAUCUGGAAUAGCAGCAGCGGCUAUAACGAAACCUAACCAUAGUUUUAGUUUGGAUCGAGUUUUAAAAACUCGAAAACCGAAAACCAGCAUCAAAUUGUGAUUAUUUUAUUUAAUAUGCUACUUUAACUAGACCCUGAUUUGUGAAAACCGUAUUAGUCCCCCACAUGCUCUGUGUUUUGUUAUUAACUGCAAGCCCGAAGAAUUGCUAUCUUAUAUAGCCCCCUGUAUAUAUAUAUAUAUUGUAUAUGUAUUUAUGUAUGUAGACGUGCACCCCAUCCAUACCCCCCCAUCGGCAGCUUCAGGUGGCUCCGCUAAGUGUUCUGUGUCUAGCCUAGAAUCUGC